UACCGUACCAGAUUUAUUACUGAUCACCCUGAACUGGACACUCAAGGUGGAUGAUCCAUCUGUCUUCUGAUCUUUCUGCUCACACAACUGCGUGAUAUUCUUACCUCGUGCGUUGAAGAUUUCGCGCUGCGAUCCGUUUUAUAGGUUUUUGGAGUGUCUGCCAGGACACGGGAAUUUAUCGCGAUUCACCAGCAAAUCUCUCGUCUUUCUGAGGGACCUUGCUCUUUCUUUCUAAAGACAAGGAUUUCAGCUGAAGAGUUCCUGUCAGCGAGCGGAGAGUAGCAGGAUCCCUGUCAGCUGCUGCUGCUGUUGCUGCUGCUGCUGCUUCGACCAUGUCGAUUCAUUUCAAGUUCCGAUCCGCGAAGGAGUUCGAUUCGCUGGCCAUGGACGGCCAUUUUAUUUCCGUCGCGAAUCUUAAGGACCGUAUUAUUGAGCAGAAAGGCCUUGGGAUGGACUCGGAUGUCCAAAUUUUCGAUGCGCAAACAGAGGAAGGUAGGAGAUGAUACCAGCACGGGGGAUUGGUCCCAGUGUGCUGAGUCUUAGACUUAGUUAGGUAUAUUUUCUUUCAUUAUUUGGGUUUUGGCCGCUGGCCGAUCCAUACUGUUCAUAUGUUAUUCCUUUUUUAUUGAAAGAAAUGGAUGGGGGAAGGGUGAUGGUUUUGGACGCUGAACGACUGUCUAGGGUUACAUCCGCAAGAGUCUUCUCAAAGGCAGAUCGUUCUUGAUAAAUUAGACUACCACAGUCACCACGAGACUGCCUGGGGUUAGUUCUAGUGCUUGGCUGCAUGGGGUGCAGAGUAUGGCGACGACAACCAGCCAGUACCGCGCAACACCAGCGUCAUCAUCAAGAGAGUUCCCAGAUCAAGAGCCCGGGCAGUGCCGCAGCCUAAGCCCCAGCCGCCUGAUGAUUUCAGAGCAGGGGGUCAUACAUGGCCAGGCCAUGGUGCUGCCGCUGGUGCUGAUACAUCUGCUGCUGUGGCUCAGCCUCAGGCGCAGCAGCAGCAGGCGCCAUCUUACCCGGCUUACAAGGGCUACAACCAGCAACUGAAUGACAUGGACGGCAUGAUGGAUGACCUGGCAGACAUCUAUGGUGACGUCGGCGGACACAUGUCCAUGCCUGCCGCGUCAGCCGCUGCUGCCACGUCAGCAGCCCCGCCUACCAACGCCAUGGGCGCUGCGAGCAGUGUGCAGCAGCAGGUGGACGAGGAGACACGCAUGAUGUCGGCCAUUGUGGAUCAGGCCUCUACGGACUGGCAGAGGCCUCCUGAUCAGUUUGGCGGGCGCGGUUAUGGGCGGGGUUUUUAUGGCAGGGGUGGUGGUGGCGGGCGCUUUCCCUUCCCCCCACGGAACUCGGUUCCACACCCUGGUUACAUAUGUUUCCGCUGCAACAAGCCAGGCCACUACAUCAAGCACUGCCCUACUAACGGCGACCCAGCAUACGACGUGGUGCGGCGGGUGCGCCCGCCCUCCGGCAUCCCCAAGAGCUUCCUGCGGCCGGACCAGGGAGGGGGGUACGUCAUGCCGGAUGGGUCCAUGGCGUCUAUGGGCGGCCACGACAUGCAGCAGGGCAACGACCAAGCGUUUGCGAGGGAGACAGAGCCCUUCCUGGCGCCCAUGCGGCAGCCCCAGGCUGUGGAAAUCCCUCCGGACCUCAAGUGUCCGCUCUGCUCCAGCCUCUUCCGCAACGCUGUGCUCAUCCCCUGCUGCCACCUCUCCUUCUGCGACCAGUGCAUUCGCCAGCAGCUGCUGUCCAAGGGGUGCUGCCCCAAGUGCGCGUCCACCCAGUACAGGAAUGAUGAUCUUCUGCCUAAUGUGACGCUCAGACAGGCUGUGGAUCGAUUUAAAGCAGCUCAGGUGCAGCACACCCAACAGGUGCAGCCUGGUAGUCAGUCGCAGGGACAGAUGCAGCAGAUGCAGCCGCAGCAGCAGCAGCAGCCACAGCUGCAAUACCAACAGCAGCAGCAGCCGCAGCCACAGCAGCAACAGCAACAGUGGCAGCAGCAGCAGCCGCAGCAGCAACAGCAACAGUGGCAGCAACAACAGCCGCAGCAGCAACAGCAGCAGUGGCAGCAACAGCAGCAGCCGCAGCAACAGCAACAGUGGCAGCAGCAGCAGCCGCAUUAUCAACAACAGCAACCGCAGCAGCAACAGCAGCAGCAGCAGCAGCAGCAGCAACAACAACAACAACAACAACAACUGCAGCAGCAGCAGCAGCCCCAACAGCAGCAGCAACGUCAGCCUCUAGGUAACAAGCAGCCCUCAGCAGCUUUUCCUGCUGCUGCUGCUGCUGCUCCUGUUCCUCCUAUUUCCACUGAUGCUGCUCCUAUCGCUGCUGCUGCUGCAGCUGCUGCUGCAGCUGCGCCUGACGAGGAGCACAGUGCAGCAUCGGGAAGUGGGAAGCCUGGCCGUUCCCCUGCUGGUCCUGCUGCUGCUGCUGCCUCGGGUGCAGCUGCCUCAGGUGCUUCCAAAGGCGCAGGUGGGAGCAAGGGUGUUAGCAGUGGCGUAGAGGAGCGUAAGGGGGGAGGCGCUACAGGGGAUGGGGAUGCCCAGGGCGCUGCUGAUGCUGCUGAUGCUGCUGGUGCUGCUGAUGCUGCUGGUGCUGGUGGUGCUGGUGGUGCUGGUGGUGCUGGUGGUGGUGAGCCAAAUGCUGAGCAGGGGGGGGGUGGGGAAGGGGAAGGGGCGGUAGCAGGGGAUGGGGAGGGGAAAGGGGAGAAGGAUGAGGAGGAGAGGCAGCGAGGAGUGGAAGAGGCGGAGGAGGAAGAGGAGGUGAGUGAUGGGGUGACAGGCCCUCCUAGCACCUCGCAACCUGCUACUCAAGGCGAUGCUACUGGUGCUCGUGCUACUGCUGGUGAUGCUGCUGCUGCUGCUGCUGCUGCAGAUGGCGGUGGUGGUAGUGAUGGUGGUGCUGCUUCUGCGGAUGCUGCGGCUCUUGGUACGGUCGGCACACCAGAGGUUGACAAUACCGGUGGUGCUUAUGCUGAGGGAGAUGGGGAGGAAAAGAAGGUUAAGGGAAAGAAGAAGAAGAAAAAACUUAAGCAGCAGAAACAGCAGGAGCAGAAGGAGCAGCAAGAGCAGGAGCAGCAGGAACAGCAGCAGCAGCAUGUGGAUGGGCAAAUGGGUUCACAAAUGGGCCAAACGGGUGCAAUGGGGCACAUGGGGCACAUGGGGCACAUGGGUGGUGGGCAGAUGGGGAUGGGGGGGCCAAUGGGCGGAGGGAUGGGGGGUGGUAUGGGGCCUAUGGGGCCUAUGGGGCCUAUGGGUGGUCCACAUAUGGGCCCCAUGGGACCGAUGGGAGGUCCGCCACCGUUUCACAACCAGCAGCAUAACUGGCACGGCGGUGAUCACUCAGAGCAGCAUGGCAUGGGCGGAGGCAAGAAAAAGGACCGAGCGUGCUACACAUGCGGAGCCAAGGACCACAUGAUGCGGGAAUGCCCUCAGAACCACAUGGGCGGGGGAAUGGGCGGCGGGAUGGGUGGAGGAAUGGGCAACAUGGGAGGGGGCAUGGGCAUGGGUGGUGGAGGCAUGGGCAUGGGCAUGGGUGGUGGUGGGAACUUUGGUGGUCCGUUUCCCAACCAACCUGGCAUGUUCCCCGGCUCAGAGGUUGGCUGGAGCCAAGGCAUGGGGCCGAAUAUGGGUGCGGAUUUCCCCAUGGGACCUGGCUUUGGUGGCGGGGGAGGCAUGGGCGGGCCCAUGGGCGGAGGCAUGGGCGGAGGCAUGGGGGGAGGCAUGGGGGGAGGCAUGGGGAUGGGGGGAGAUAUGGUGUCUCUGUGGAUGAUUCAUGUUCUAUUCAAACCCCAUCCAUUUUUUCGUCGACUCAAAAGCAGAGUCUGCUAAACACGAUCGAUUCGUGUCUUCAAACCCUGUGCCGUUUGCUCAUCAGUAUGGCGCUAUUAGUUUCUUUGCCCGCUCUCGCUGCACUUACACUUGUGCAAGGAAGGAGCCUGUUUUUUUAGGCGCCUCAAAAAUAGACCCUGUGCCAUUUGCUUAUCAGUAUGGCGCUAUUUAUUUCUUUGCCCGCUCUCACUGCACUUGCGCUUGCGCUUGCCCUCACUCGCUUUUGUUGCUCUCCCUCUUUCCUCCCCUUUCCCCUUCUCUCUCCUCCCACCUCAAUUGAUCCUAC